UGGAGUCCUCGCUACCUUGAGAGUCGCACUGCUAUGUUGCGGAACAAAUGCGCUGCAUCCGUGUCAAAGACUGAAUCUGUGUAGGCACCUAUCCACUCUCCUGGCAGGAAGCAGACAUGUUCUUUGCCUCUGUUCCAGUAUGACCCUGGAGUAAGUGACCUGUGAAUAGAGUUGCACUGGAAGUUUUCUAAAGGACUUCCUUGCUUCUGUAACGGUGUAUGAACAUCUGACAUUGGGAGCCCAGCAGAUAAAAGACCGAAAAUAGGGACGACAACAGCAAAAGUAGAGAAAAAAGAAUAGGCCAUGGCUGAGGGGAUGAUUGCUUCUGAAAGUGAACCGUGACAGAAUGGUCGACUGUAUGAGCAAAGUCAUGCUGCACACGGUCAUCUCAUGUUGGCCACCAUUCCUGGGACUGGCCCUCGUGGCUGUCUUUGUAGGUUCCACCCUGGGAUGUCCCUCACGCUGCGAGUGUUCAGCGCAGACCAAGGCGGUUGUUUGUCACCGCAAGCGCAUGCCCAGCAUCCCGGAUGGCAUCCCGACCGAGACAAGGAUCCUGGAUCUGAGUAAGAACAAGCUGACAAUGAUCAACCCUGAUGACUUUUUUGCCUUUCCUGGGCUUGAGGAACUUGACCUAAGUGGAAAUAUUAUUAGUUAUGUUGAGCCUGGAGCUUUUAACGCCCUUUUUACCAUGCACACACUUAGUCUCAAGAGCAAUCGUAUCAAGCUCAUUCCUCUGGGUGUCUUCACUGGCUUAACAAAUCUUACCCGACUGGAUAUAAGUGACAACAAAAUCGUCAUCCUACUGGAUUACAUGUUCCAGGACCUGCACAAUCUAAAGUUUUUGGAAGUGGGUGACAAUGAUCUGGUUUACAUUUCUCACCGUGCAUUCAGUGGACUUUUAAGCCUGGAGAUGCUAACCUUAGAAAGGUGCAACCUUACAGUUGUACCCACUGAGGCCCUUUCCCACCUGCAUAACCUGGUCAGCCUCCAUCUAAGAUACCUCAGCAUCAGCACUUUGCAUCCAUACUCAUUCAAAAAGCUGUUCCGGCUGCGGCUUUUAGAAAUUGAUUUUUGGCCUUCACUAGACCAUGUGCCAGCCAAUACCCUGCAUGGCCUCAACCUGACCGCUUUAUUCAUAACCAACACCAACUUAUCCUCCUUACCUUACCAAGCCCUGAAGCAUCUGCCCUACCUGAGACACCUGAACCUGUCUUUCAACCGCAUUAGGCACAUUGAAGGAGGGAUGCUGAUGGGACUGGUUCGGCUUCAAGAGCUCCAUCUGGUUGGAGCUCAGCUCACCACCAUUGAACCAUAUGCCUUUCAGGGCCUGCGGGGACUCAAAGUCCUCAAUGUCUCUCAUAACCGACUGGAUACACUAGAGAAGGGGGUUUUUCAGUCUCCCGAGGCUCUAGAGGUUCUUCUGAUUGAUAACAACCCCUUGGUGUGCGACUGUCGUCUCAUGUGGAUCCUACAGAAAAGGCACUCCAUCUUCUUUGGAGAUUCACAGCCGGAGUGUAGCACACCUGAAGGUAAUCGUGGCAGGCCUUUUAAGGAGUUUAAGGAGACUCUCCUGUCUUAUUACGUGACAUGUACCAAGCCAAAAAUCCGUGAGAAUAAAACCCAAACGAUCACUGUGGAUGAGGGCCAGCAGGCGAUGUUGCGCUGCAGUGCUGAGGGGACACCAAGGCCCAUUGUGUCCUGGUUGUCUCCACGUCGACGAGUUCUGACAAGUAGGAGCCAUGGUAGAGUUACCCUCCACAACAAUGGCACACUUGAGAUCAAGUCAGCAGAGGUGCAAGACAGCGGAGUGUACCUUUGCCUUGCCUCCAAUAGUGCUGGGAAUGACACCCUGAUGACUUCAUUGGCGGUGAAAAGUCUGGGAUCGCUGUACGCUAACAGGACCCAGUACUACACAGAUCCCAGCAAUACCACUGCCAACGGGACGGCCGGUGUGACCCUCGGUUUAGACUUAAAGACUAUUUUAGUGUCAACUGCUAUGGGUUGUUUCACAUUCCUGGGAGUGGUCUUGUUUUGUUUCCUGCUCCUUUUCGUUUGGAGCAGAGGUAAAGGAAAACAUAAAAACAACAUAGAUGUUGAAUAUGUGCCUCGGUCAAAGUCUAACGGCACUAACGUUGACUCGGCAGAGGGACAAGCUGGUCCUCGUCGUUUUAACAUGAAAAUGAUGUGACUUCUUUUAUAGAUAAAAGAUUCUGGAUCGUGGAAAUGCCUAAAGUACAAUGUAUUUUUUUGAAAAUCAGACUACUGAACUUCCCACUGCUGUCGGGAGAGUGGUAGUGAAUCCGUUUGGGGCAUCGUAACAAAAUGAGAAGUACCUGAAAUCGUGGAUCUUGACAUAAUGCUUAGAUACUGUUUCAACUACUGAAAGGCAUAGUAGGACAUUCUCUUAUAUAAUUGCCAGCGGGCAAUUUCUUCAACGUGGAUGAAGAGUGAAAACUGUUGCCGCUAUGGGCAUCUGAAGGAAAUAAGGUGUCAUUUAUCAGCUUUUUGAAAUUUAUAUGCCCCAAAAAAAGAACGCUUCAGUUUUGGGUUGGAUCUAUGGACUCGGCUGAACCAUGUACAUUACAAAUUUGUAUCUAAGCUAUUAACCUACUUUGUUUAGUCUUGCGCCAUGCUUAUUCACUGAACAAAUCAAUGAAACAGACCAUAAUUUCCUAUGUUCAAUACUUUGCAUAUGUGUACCUAAUGCUAAAUUAUGUAUUCAUAGCAAUAUUCAUGGGAUGCAUUAGCCAAAAUUGAUAUACCACAUAUGUUCAGCAAGAACAUUCUUCAGACUUUUGAAGUUCCCAUGGAUUCAGGAAGGGCUUCUAUGGGUGAUUAUCUGUCCCUGCUCCCCCAAUUGACUCGUAGAUAUUAAAAAUAUAUAUAUAUAUUAUUUAUCAAUGAAAAAAAGAAGAAAAAAGACUAUUUAUAAAAAAAGGUUGAGCAUUUCGCAAAAUCAGUUCUCAAACACUGUUCAGGAUCUAACAAAACACUUGGAUCAUCAUAUCGAUGACCCAGUGUUGGUCAAAGUACCUACAUGAACCACCUUUUUGUCCUGUUUUUGGCUUUUUUUAUUACUUUAACUGUACCUUUGCUGGUUGGCAAAAUACAUAUGUCAAUUUUACUAAAGUGACAUUUGCAUAAUUUUCCCCAGUAGAAAAUUUGGACUUUGUUGUGGUAGUUCCUCAUUUUGUUGUUGAAUCAUUUAGAUUGUGAAGACUUCAAAGUAAAAGUUUUAAA